GACGCGACCAUUGCCCUGGAAACUGGUGGCCUACCAACCGACAAAGAGACGCGGGGCUUCUCGAGGGUCCUCUUGCAAGUGGUGCUGUCGCCGGACGUGGCCAACGACCUGGCCUAUGUCAGCACAGACUGGUUCGAUAGGACGGGUCCUGCACCCGGCCACCAGCAUAAGGAUUGGAAAGCGGUCAGUUUCAUGGAUGCCUACAAAGUGUUGAAGAACACGGUGCAAGGUGACGAGGUCACGGCACGGGUGCUCUUGAAGCGGGACUGGGGUCUUGCGCCCUCCGAUACGACAGAGUCCGUGAAGAUCAUCGCCACUUCCCCGGCUUUUGCCGACUCAGAUUUCAUGGAGUUCGCCGCGAGCGUCCUAGAGGACAUCCGAAACUGCGUGCUGCAGCACCCCCAGACCCCGAAGAAAAAGACAGGGGUGUGGCCAUGGUGGGUCCUCGAGCUCAAGGUCGUGGUGCCGGUGCUGUGCCUCGGGCUCUUGGCCUGUCUUGGAUACAUCGGAUGCAGGCGCAAAAGGACCCAGGCCCCGGCCACGGGCACUGCGACCAGGGAUGUGGAGCUGAGACUUGCCUAA